AGUGAUAGUUUUCCCUUACGUUCUUUCAAAAUUGCUGACUUGAUACUGAAGGAGCCAGAGACAGAUUACCCUCGCUAUGAAGCUCUCUCACGUUUUAUUGCUUAUAUAUGUGUUUGUUAUGAAGAAUUGGUAGGAUUUCUCAACAACGUGAAAGGUGAAGAAAUGGAAAGCAUUUUCCACAAAUGGUAUCAUCAGCAGAUUACCACAGAUGAGACAGAUGAUAGACGACUUGGUGGUAAAACCUUUUGGGGGCAGAUCUCCAAUAGGAUGUUAACUAUACAGAAGGAAUUUUUAGCACCGAUAGGAAGUAGUUCUAAUUCAGCAUUUGCUAAAAGCCUUAAAACAAAAAUUAAUGAAGGUGAUGUCUCUAUCAUAUUUGCAAUUGAUGAAGCACGAUCGUUAACAGUUCUAAAUGAAAGGCUUGACACUGUCUCAAAAAUAGCCAAUUUUUUGCCACCUUCAGACGUGCUUUUAACUCCUCCCAAUGCUCAUUUGAUAAUUGAUGUCCAUCAGAGAAAGGUUGAUGUGACCAUAUUUAGAGCAGUAACAAGUGCAAAAUGCAAACUCAUGGGUGGUGUCAACUUCGAAGACAACAUUCAACAUAAUCCAAGAGAAAUAAUUAUUAGACAAAAUAUGGUUGCAUUAUGGUGUGUAAGAGCAAGUCUUUUGGUUAAGCCACAAGGCGAACUGGCUAGUGAUCUGAUUGCAAAUUGUUUGGGUGUCUGCCUGGGUGUAUCACCUGACCAAAAAACUGUCUUUAUUAGUUAUUUUUCAGAACCGCUUGUAGCUGAGGCAGCGGCACAAAUCAUUAAUCAUCACAAGAUCAAAUUCGAGAAAACAAUUGAACCACUUCUUAUGCAAAAACAUUUGCCUGAAUUCAUCUACACAUAUCCUUUAACGGUUAGACAGUACUUGACUGCAUUGAUGUUAGAAGUUAGUUAUCUCAAAGGUCAAAUUAAUUCUGAUAGUAUGGAACUUCUGUUGAGCGGCAUUGUAUUUUUUAUACAUUUUAAAGUUGUGGCACAAUCUAUAACAAAGGAAGAUUUACGUCACUUCUUUUGUCGUGAUGUAGCACUUCAAUAUCAACGUGGACAAAGUGUUAUAGAUCAUGGUAUUCUAGUUCUGCUGCUGAAUGGCGAGUUCACCUGCAUUUUAAUUCAAAUGUGCAACUAUAGUGGAAGUGACCCUAAUGUUAUGUUUGCAAAUCUUGUAAUUACUUCCCAAACUGCAGGGUUGGAUAUGAAUCUGGAUUGGCUAUAUCUCAUUUUAUAUUUUACUUUAGGCUAUAAAAACGGUAUGAUUAAGAAUCUGAAGGUUGUGUAUGAUACUACUAGUGAUAAGGCUAAGAAAACCAAACGACAAGAGAUGCUAUCGAAAUCCCUUGCAAAUGAGAAUGCAGAAGUAGCAAAGAGCCGACUAGACAAGCAAAUCAUUAUAGGCUUGUUUGGUAUCACACCAGAUGUAUUUCCUUUUCUUAAUACAAGUGAGGAAGCAGAACUUCUUAAAAAACUAUCCAAAGCAUGGACUGAUUCAAUGUCAUUUGCCAAAGAAGAUGAGAAGGAAAUAAUAAAACGCAUGAUGCCACUUGUGUGGAGAAACAAGCGCAUGAAAAAAGAUGAGUGUGAAGAAGAUUUGUGA